ACCAUAUGUCUCAACAACACAUUGUAUUAGUUCUUCUAUAGUUUGGUAUUUUUCGGCAACACUCACAUUGUAGUGUAAGCCAGCAGCAACAUGCAGCACAUGUCGUCUCCGGUCAGGUUCCGCAGCACUAAGAAAGUUGUCCAAUCUGUCCAUCGAGGACCAGGAGGACACUCAGUUUCCGUACGCCAUGAGGGAUCUGCCUCCCGUGUCUCAGCCUGGCGAACAGAACAAGACAGAAGACCACCAUGAGGCAGACGGGAGCGGGACAGCACCGAACGGCAGACUCCCCAGCCUCCCCGGGACUCCCUCUCUGCCCCGUCCCAUCCCCGUCUACGCUUCUGGAUCCCCGACUGUCCCUCAAAGACCAAUUCGUGUGAGAACUGACGCAGAGUUUCAGCCCCUGCAGCUGAGGAGGCAGUUCGCCUCUUAUUCGUCCAUGGAGCGUCCUCACAGCCCGGCCUCACGUCCUCACAGCCCAUGGGGACGCUUUGAUCCCUAUGAAUCUGCAGAGGAUCAGGAAAAGGACUAUGUUGGUUUUGCCACAUUGCCCCACCAGGUUCAGAGGAAGACGGUGAAGAAAGGUUUCACAUUCACCCUUAUGGUGGCAGGAGAAUCUGGCCUCGGUAAAUCCACACUUAUCAACAGUUUGUUCCUCACGGACCUCUACAAAGACAGGAAGGUUCCCAAUGCAGAAGAACGGAUCAAUCAAACUGUGGGCAUUCUCACACAUACAGUUAGCAUCGAAGAGAAAGGAAUCAAAUUGAGGCUCACCGUCAUCGACACACCAGGGUUUGGAGACUCCAUCAACGAGACAGGAAGCUGGAAGCCAUUAGAGGAUUAUAUCGACAAGCAGUUCGAACAGUACUUCAGAGAUGAGAGCGGACUGAACAGAAGGAACAUCCAGGACAACAGGGUCCACUGCUGCCUCUACUUCAUCUCUCCAUAUGGCCACGGUCUUAGACCUCUGGAUGUGGCGUGUAUGAAGGCCUUGCACAACAAAGUCAACAUAGUCCCUGUAGUGGCCAAGGCAGACAGCUUGACCGAAGCAGAGGUCCAGAGAAAGAAGAUGAAGAUCAGAGAGCAGAUUGAGCAGUUUGGGAUCAACAUCUAUCAGUUUCCUGAGUGUGAUUCAGAUGAGGAUGAAGACUUAAAAAAACAGGAUCAAUUACUCAAGGACAGCAUCCCGUUUGCAGUAAUUGGGAGUAAUGUUCAGGUGGAGAGUGACGGCCACAAGGUCAGAGGUCGAGUCUAUCCCUGGGGUGUGGUAGAAGUGGAGAACCCGGCUCACUCCGACUUCCUGCUGCUGAGGAACAUGUUGGUGAAAACCCAUAUGCAGGACCUGAAAGACCAAACGGGCGAGACACACUAUGAAAAUUACAGAGCCCAGUGCAUCUCAAAUAUGACGCGCAUGGAGUGUCAUGCAUCAGGAUCGCAGCGUGGCAGACUCCUCCCUGCCGCUGGCUGCAGCUGACACCUAGACGCAAAGGCUCAUCG